GUUCGACGGAAAGUCAAUCGCCUCGUCAGAUGGCAGUCGAUCGAAAUACGAUACGCGUUGAGAUCUGCUCGUAUCGUUUAACGGACGCGCAACGGCCACGAUGACAUAUUCAAUUUAAUCGGAGACCUUUACAUAUUAGAGGGAUGACGAAUACACCGUUCCGAGAGAUACGCCGAGGAGAUCCGACGGAUAGACGAAACGGAACGGAACGGAACGGAACGGAACGGAACGGAACGAAAGGAGUGAUUCUUCGUAUAACUAUAUUGCGAUACGCGAUACGGAACGAAGUGGUGUCGCCGCGUCACACCGCGCCUCGCUGUGCCGCGUUCAAGUUUAAAAGACGCCGAACAGAAUCGAAUCGAGUUGAGCCGCGAGUAACAGGUGCUUACGCUCGUGCAGUUGCUUUCGGCUUAGUUCGCGUUUACUUUGCGUAUUCGCGGAUCAGUUAGAUUCGCGCUUUCGAGUCGUCGAGGAUCGCGUAUUUUCUCGGAAUUUUUCGCCGAUCUCUGACUCGGCGAUCGUUCGAGAUUUCGUUUGCUCUUGCUUUUCUUCUCUGAGAGAUCUCUCGGAAAUUCCGCGGCGCUACCUAAUUGUCACCUGUGUUUUUCCUUCGUUUGAUUUCCGAUUUUCCAAGAAGAUUCGAUCGCGUCGCGAUUCGAUCCGAACGUUUCAUCAUUUUCGCGAGCGCGUGUUCGCGAAAGUAAGCGACAGACGUAGAAGCGGUAACGAAUAUUCGUCGGCGAAGCACGCUCGUUGUUCGGAUACCAAGGAGUCCUGAUAACAGCUGCGGUCACCGUUUGACAGAGUUACCGCGGAACCAUAAACGACUCGACUCGAUUCGGAUUCGUAAUACGGAGGGUACGAUUGGAAUUUGGGGCAGCGGACUCGUACGCGUCGAUAUAACGUUUACGUUAUUUUUAGUGCGAACAACAUUUGAAUGAUCGCGCGUCAUACAUCUGUAUAGAACGGCGAAAUCGGCGAACCAUGGAUUCGUACGAGAGUUUCGUACGAGCGUGUCUGCUGUUCGUCCUGAUCCUGUCGAACGCGAGCGGCCUAUCGGACUUUUCAGGAUUGCCGGCUGGCCCGUAUUGCGCCGAUAGAUACCCUCCGCACGGAUGUUGCCUGGGUCGACAGGACGAAUGCAGCGCUCCGAUCCAUACGACGACAUGCUACUGCGAUGAUUUCUGCGAUCGGCACGGCGAGGAAGAUUGUUGUCCGGAUUACUGGAGCCACUGCAAGGGUAUCGAGAUGGACAUCACCACCAUUCCGCCAGUGGUAGAGAUAAGACAAUGCUACUUCGAAGGAAAGUAUUACAAUCAUGGGCAAACGUUUAAACGAAACUGCAAUCUCUGCAAAUGUUCCUCGGUGGACAGACGAGCGGAAGUGCUUUGCGAUCAGAAUCGAUGUUUGCAAGAACGAGAACUGAUAGACGAGAUCAAUCUGGAAAGUCCAGCUCUCGGCUGGAGAGCCAGGAAUUAUUCCGAGUUUUCGGGUAGAACGCUCAACGAAGGCGUGCUGCUUCGUUUAGGUACUCUGAGUCCGUCGCGAUCGGUUCAGAAGAUGAACUCCGUUCAGCGGGUUUACGAGCCGCAAUCGUUGCCACGAGAAUUCGAUGCCAGAUCUCGCUGGCCUCGGGACAUAUCAGGCGUGGAGGACCAAGGGUGGUGCGGUGCGUCCUGGGCAAUAUCCAGUGCACGCGUGGCGUCCGAUAGGUUCGCCAUUAUGAGCAAGGGCAUCGAUCGCGUGGAUCUGAGCGCCCAACACUUGCUUUCCUGCAACAACAGAGGUCAGCGAGGCUGCAAUGGCGGUUACCUGGACCGUGCUUGGAUGUUUAUGCGGAAAUUUGGUCUGGUCAACGAAUCGUGCUACCCGUGGUCGGGAUCGAGCGAUCAAUGUAAACUUCGGAAGAAGAUCGACUUGAGGAGCGCGGGUUGUCCUCCGCCUGCGAACCUGUUCCGAACGGAAUUGUACAAAGUCGGGCCCGCGUAUCGUUUAGGCAACGAGACCGAUAUCAUGCAGGAGAUCCUAAUGUCUGGUCCCGUACAAGCUACUAUGAGGGUGUAUCAAGAUUUCUUCUCUUACGAGUCGGGAGUGUACAAGCACACGGAACUCGCGAUGCGUUACGAGUCUGGAUAUCAUUCGGUGAGGAUAAUAGGCUGGGGAGAAGAACCGUCUCGAUACGGUGAGCCGGUGAAAUACUGGCUGGCGAUGAACUCGUGGGGUCCACACUGGGGCGAGAACGGUCUGUUUCGCAUUCAAAGAGGCACGAACGAGUGCGAAAUCGAAUCUUUCGUCUUGGGAGUAUGGGCGAAAACGGUCCCCCCAACGUAACAUUCGAAACUCCAGAUGUUACAGUUCAGAGUCCUAACACGGGAAACUCUGCAGCAGACGAUGCAUUUAUCGAAUCUUCAUCGGUCUGUACAAACGAUCGAAUAGACACACACACGCACACACACACAUACUAUUGUCGCAAUCAACGCAAAUCUUCCAUUUCUUUGAUGAAACGAGGAAGCGUGGAAUAAAGUGCUACAUCGCACGCGAAAAUCUGAUCAGCAUACGCAACCCACCGAAUAACCGACACCGAAGCAACCGUGACGGAGGAAAUGAAAACGGGACAAGAUUCGCAUCGGCGAAGGGAACUCUCCUUAAACGAUAUCCAAAUCUUUAUUUUUUAUUUGUUGCGUCGACGAACGUACUUAUAUAGGUGAAGCGACGAACGUCCGAACCGAGGACAACUAGAACAACUAGUCCUUAUUCUUCGAUGCAGAAUCAAUUUAGCGUAACAAUGGAGCGAAUCUGCACAGAGAUCAACGUCAGCGACUAAAUGGUUUUACGUGUUUAUACAGAUACCUCUAAAGUAUUUAAUUGCUACUUUCUCAUUCAAACAACGACGCUGCGCCGAGCGCUUUUACAGUGUGGGCUGUACACUUCUAAUUUGUCCCUCGGUGUAUUCAUUGCGGUGUAAUCAAUCGGGAACGGUACGUUACUGCCCCGGAUUAUACAGGUGUCCGUCGUGCCGAGAAAGUGUUCUCCUGGACCGAAUGGACCCCGGCCGAAAAGAAAAUUGGCGAACACGAGUUGAUACUGCGGCCAACCUAACGGAUAGUCUCCAUUCUGAAAGAGCAAACAAACGGAAUCUCUCGAGUAUUCGACAAAAAGGAAAGAAAAAAACAGCAACGACGAUGACAAUGAUAAUAAAACCGUGUUUACCGACGUCAUGGAAUUAUAGGCAAUGUCCAACGACUUUGAGAUUCUUUUGAAAUCGAGGCCAACGACAGACGCAUAGAACGAGCCGAGUUCUUUCUUCGAAAUGAUUCCGUUCGCCGAACUGUUGAUCGCGAGAAAGAAUAUCCUCGGCAGAAUCUUCAACCAAAAGGGAAUGUCGUUGUAACUCGCGCCGCCGGCUGGAGCAACGAUUCGCGCCCACCAACGUAACCAAUCGUCCAAACUGAUUCUCUUCCCCUCGUCGUCCUCGUACUUUCUUUCUUCGAGUAUCAAUUCUGCCAAACCUUGCUCGGCUUCCAUUAAUCGUAAAUAUUCGGGCCCGUUCCACGACCAAUCCGCGAAUCUUCUCAGUCGCUUUGCAAAAGAGGAACCCAUUAGCGAUUCGCCGCUGCUCGUCACCGAUCGCCAACUAAUUUUUUCUCUUACAAUUAGUCGAGCUACUGAAUACCUCCGAAAAAGUACGAAAAUCUUUUCUGCUAAUAAAACCGUCUUUGUCGUGGUCCAACAUGUACGUGAAAAAAUGAGCGAAUUUAUCACGUUGAGUUGCUGCUAGAUCUUUCAAAUUCCCUCCUUUACCGACUCCGGAUGCCUCUAUAGCUGCGAGAUUGUCAUCGCUCGGAUAUCGGCUUACCCAGGUAGCUGUUUCGAGGAAAAACACAAAAUUCUAUAUAUAUACAUAUAACCAUGUUGUGCUUGCAAUGGAAAUCCAAUAAACGAACAAGCAAACCAUACAACUAAUCCGUAUCGAUAA